GAAGGGUUCAAAUAUAAUUCGCAAGUCUCUUACAAAGGAGAAUAUAAAAAUGGUAGAAAGAUUGGUCGAUGGGAUUUAAUAUUUGAUGGAAAAUAGAUGUAAUAUUAUUUUAAUAAAAUUCUAGAGGUGGUGGAUUAUAUAAAGAAUUGGAAGGAGAUUCAAUUAAAAUAGGAAAAUGGAUUGAGAUAAAUAAUUAGUUUUGGCUGAAUUUUUAAGUUAUUUAUACUGGAGAAUAUAAUACAAUAGGUAACAAAGUAG